AUGUCUGACGAGGAAAAGGCUCCAGAGCUUCAAGAAGCUCAAGUUCAACCUCCAAAAGAGCUUUUAUUGAAAUUGGAGUUACCUCUGGUUAUGAAAACUGACGACAGAGAGUUAUCAAUUCCAUCCCACUAUGAAGAAAACAUUGCCGAUUUAAGACAAUCGUUGGCACUUUUACCUCAAACUCGAAACUUGACCAAUUAUUCUAUCCUUGUGCAUGGUGUAGAUGUGGAAAGUCUUGGUGAGAUUGUGUCGUUUGCUGAGAUUGUCAGCGCGUUGGAUUUGGGAGAUGUGGAGCAAUUGCAAUUGCAAGUCAAAGCCAAGGCUUACAACUUGGCCUCUGUGUAUGAGCAGGUUUCCAAAUUUAGAGACACUAUUGGUCUUGGAUUCAUUGACCGAAUCUCUGGUGACAUUGGUUGUCAAGGAGGUGUUUCCCGAUUCAAUGGCAUCGAUUUGGAGGAAUUAAAGGUUAAAGAGCAGUCGCAAGAUAAAAAUACAGAGACUUUGGAAAGUAAAGAGCCAACACCAUUAUCCAAAGAAGACGAAGAAAAAUUGGGUACUGUUGUUGACUCGUUUUCUGUUGAAAAGGCGGCAGGCGGUGAAAUCACUAGUCAAGCAAAAUUUGACAAGGUAGGCGAAGUGGUCAAGUUACCAAUUAGAUCCCUUAGUGUUUCUCAAUGGUCACCAGUACCAGCAUUCCAAGCAGCCAAAGGUGAUCUUUUGUAUUUAACUUUGCAAACAUUGGAAAAUGAAACUUUCAAUAUUACAUGCCACUUUUCCGGGUUCUUUGUCAACAAAUCAUCAACAAUCAACUUCAAUCCCAGUAUCAAAAUUAAUGAAAAGGGGAAAUUUUUCAAAAAUUACGUAUUGUUUGACUUGGUCUCGUCAUUGUCACCAUUAUUCACUUCGACCAUUGCAGAAAACGAAGUCAAAUUGGCACAAGCGACCGAGUACCCCGAGUCUUAUCUUGCACCAUCCAAUUCAUUCCUUGCUCAUCCUUGGGUCGUUGACGAAGGAGUGUUGAAACCCACUCCCGAUGUGUCUAGAUCUCAAUUACCAUUGAUCAACAAUGGUGUAGAUGGAUCUGAAUACAUCAAGGAGUGGAACAAUGAAUUUCAAAGUAUUAAGGAGCUUCCAACUUCAACUUUCCAAGAACGCAUUGUUCGUGAUAAGCUCCUUCAAAAGACCUUGUUUGAUUUCACGAAGACAGCCACCGAUACAGCAGUUCAUAUCAUCAAGGGUGAUAUUGCUCCAAUGAACCCAACUGAAGAAGAAGACAAGUACAUUUAUUUGAAGAAUGGUGUUUUUUACUCAACUGGUGCAUCUACUGUUGAUGGAUUUGAAAACACUGGUGCUGAAGAAGCUUCAAGGUACGUUGCAUCGAAAGACCUUGCCGGGGUCAAAAUCAUGAAUAGACAUGAUAUUAAGGGUUUGUCUACUUUACUCACUUGUGUAGUGGACUAUAUGGGCAAAAGAGUCGUUUGUCAAGCACCAGUUCCUGGCAUUUUGGAUGCCACAGUUGGCGAAAUUGAGGGAGAAAUUCAAGAAAAAGUCAAGUAUGGAGCUUCAUCUGAUGGGACCAAGAUUCUUGAAGACGAGUCUUUCGUUGAACCUUUGAAACAAGUUGGUGAACUUUUCCAUUUGAAACCACACAAUGUCAAAAUCUCCAAUGAAGUCCUAUCACAAAAGGAGUUGGUUGUGUCAAAAGAUACCAAGGGAUUAACAGGUACCGAUGGAAGAAAAUACGUUAUUGAAUUAUAUCGUACUGCUCCACGUGAUAUUGAAUUUAUUGAAUCGAAUUUCAACCCGCAAGACUCGAAAUCGUCAUAUCCACAUGGAGAAGCUUUAGUUAGACAUGAAGCAGUAAGUGAGUGGUGGAGACGUAAAGUGUCUGUUCUUUUCAAAGCCGAGACUGAAAAAUUGGAAAAAGAAGGUAAACUUGAAUCAAAAGAAGGUGGCGAUAAAGAUGCAAAACCACAAAUUGGAUUACCUACUGAUCAAGUUGUGUUCAACCCUGAUGCAUUUUCGUCGUCAUUUGAACUGGAUGAAGACCGUGAUGAGGUAAGGCAAAUCUCCAAAUUCGUCAAAGAGAAAUUGAUCACUGAGUUCUUGGAGGGAGUUAGGCAACUGUUGCCCCCAUUUGAUGGGAAACAAUUAACUGAACAGUUGCAUAGAUACGGUAUCAAUAUGAGAUAUUUGGGAUACAUUGCUGAACAAUUGAUUGCCAAGAGGGAAGCGUAUCAGCAAGAGAUUGAGAAAAUCGUUGCUGAAAAUAUCGAGUUGACGAAAAAGGCUAAAGAGGAGGAGGAGCAAAAGAGGAAAGAGGAGGAGCAAAAGAAAGAGGAAGAAGAGGAUCAGGAUAAAACUAUCAAGGACGAGAAAGACAACGACGAUGAAGAAGAACCUGCUUCAAAAGCAACUUAUGAAUUAGCCAUCGCUAAUUACAAUACUGUCUACACCAUAGCUAUACAUGAAAUGGUUGCAAGAGCAUCAAAGCACAUAUUGAGAAAGUUGAUCAAGUCCAUCCCAACAUAUCUUGUUCCAUCAGCAGUGGCUCAUUUCCACAAUUGCUUACUUGGUGGUGCCGUAACUGAACAGCCAAAAGUUGACUUGGAUGAAUCAUAUGCUGCAUUUUAUUCCCCUGAUGAGUUAUCAUUUACUAAAUUGGGUCAUAGGGAAGUUGUUGAUUUGGUUGCCGUUGAAGUGUACACUAGAUUUAGAUAUCAGUUGUCUGGCGACUGGAUUAACACUUUGGUGCGUAAACCACAGUUGUUGAGAGAGAUUGCUUUCCAAUUUGGUAUCCAAUGGAAAUCUCACAAUUAUGCCUUUGGCAAGGAAGAGUUUGAUGCUGCUUAUGAUCAGAUACAGGUGGAAGCUGUAGAAAAGAGACAAACUUCAUCAUUUGCAUCAUCUUCUUCUUCUUCUUCAUCAUCAUCGAAAAAAUCGAAAAAAAAGAAUUCUCCACAUUCACAACCCGUUACCAAAUCAGUGAAGCGUGAGACGACAUUUAUUGCAGAUGACAUCAUUUCAUUCACGCCAGUUGUCAAAGAUUCAUCUUACAAGUCAUCCAUCAUUGAUGAAAUUUUCGCUAGUGCUCGUGCCCAAUUAGUUUCCGGUGACAAAGAAGUUGGAAUGUCAAUGUUUACCGAACUCGCAGCAAUCCACGAGUCCAUUUACGGCAAAGUGAAUCCUGAAACUGCAAGAUUCUACACCUUGUUGGCACAAGUUUAUCAAGAAUUGGGUAUGUAUUACGAUGCCGCAUUGAUUGGUCGAAGAGCAGUUGUCUUGUGUGAAAGGUCAUGUGGAUUCGACAGUCAUGACACCAUUACUGCGUACAUGAACCAAGCGUUUUAUGAAGGUGGCAAUGACUUGGCAAUAAACUCGUUGAAAUUGUACAAGCAAACUAUUGACACUUGGUCAUUGGUUUAUGGAGCUGAUCAUCCGGCCAUAGUCAACACAUUCAUCAACUCUGCUGAUGUAUUGUCAAAAAUAAAACAAUUUGAAUCGGCAAAGAAGUUGUUGUUGCAAGCUUUGAAAUAUAGUCAAGAGUUGAAUGGCGAGGAGUCAGAGAUUACAGCAUUGCUUUACUUCCGUAUAGGUAAUGUUUUAGUAUCAGCCAACAAGAUCAGUCAGUCCAAGGAAUACUUUGAUGCAGCAUACAAGAUUUUCGCAAACUUGCUUGGUCCAAAUGAUUCCAUGACGAAACAAUGCGGCAAGUACCAGUCCAACAUUGCGUUGUAUGUGGAAUACACCAAAGCUCAAGCUGCAAGGGAAAAGAAAUCGACGGCUACCAAUUCAACCCACUCUAAGAAAUCUUUGCAACAGCAAUCUAAAGUCAAGUUCCCCUCUGUUGGUGGUGGUCCAGCUGGCGUUAAUGGUAAGCAUGUUAAUGGAAAGAGUAAUGGACAUUCGAAAAAGGGGCAAACUCCACCCCAACCGGACCCUUCAAUUGCCAAUCAAUCAGUUGAUGAAAUUUUGAAUUUCAUUGAGGGCCGUAAGAAGGCUUCAUCGAAGAAGAGCAAAAAGUGA